AUGCCUUCCAUUGAAAGCGAGUCCUGGUACCGAAUGAAGCAGGCGCCGCAGAACCGAUGGUUCACCGACAUCCUCGCGUUUGGUGCCGCCAUCGGGGCGCUGCUGUCGGGGUGUCCGUUGAGGGUGUUCGGCAGCCGGAUGACGCUUCUGCUGUGCGUCCUGGUGAUGGCUCUCUCGUGGGGCGUGCUCGCCGCGUCUUCCAACACUACCAUGCUUCUGUCAGCCAGGGCUGGGUGUGGUUUGUGGCUGGGCGUCAUUGACAUCGGCGUCAGCCUGUACGUGGCCGAGGUGGCACCCAUGGACUCGAGAGCCUUCUACACAGGUCUCACUGAGGUCGCCACAAGCAUCGGUAUUGUGGCAAGCUACACGCUGAACGGCAUACCGUGGCGGUGGCAAGCGGUGGUUUGGGCUCUGGCGCAAUUGCCGCUCCUGGUUUGGUGGCGAUACCUGGUCGAGAGUCCCCGCUGGCUGUUGCUUCGCGGACGUCUGGACGAGGCAAGCAUGGCGGCAACCAGGCUGUACGGGUUUCACAAACCGCCAGAGCUGAGGCCCGGGCGGUUACAACAACAGGACACCAGACCACAUCCUUCAUCCGGGCGGCUUAUCAGGCGUUUUUCGGCGUGCCUGCUGCUCCAGUUGCUGCAGAGCGCAUCGUGCGCGCAGCUAUUCUUCCUCCGAGGCAUCCAGGCCAUGGAAGGCCUGGUGAAGGACGUGCCAGCGGAGCUCGCCGCUCUCAUCAUGAUGGCCAUGCACGUGUCUUUCGUAGUGCUGUUCACUUCGCUGACACGCUCCACGGGUCGACGACAGCUGCUGUGCGUGUCAACCCUGCUCGAGGUCUUCUGCUUCGUUGUUUUUCCACCGUUCGAGCACCUCGCCUUCAGUGAAUGGUCGACCGCGGGGCCCCCGGACGAGACCAACUGGAGCUUCGUGUACUCGGUCAACCUUCUCGUGCUGAGCUAUUCGGUGGGCCUCUGUCAUCUGCCGUCGCUGUUCAUUGCAGAGCUCUGUUCGGGACCCGGCUGGCUACGUUACUUGGGCGCACCGGCGAUCUGGGCCACGCGCUGGUUCAUCGUCUUUGCGCUGGUCGAGUUCAACGAGCAGUUCCUGACGGUGAUGCGCUUGCGGAACGCGCACAUGUACGCUGCCCUCGCGAUGUCGGCUGCCGCCGGCACGUUGUUGUUCCUGCUUCCCGAGACAGAGGGUCGGUCCCUUGCAGACAUCGAGCUGCAAUAG